CUUGAAAGUCACUAGAGACAAUACACAAACAAUAUAGUGCAUGAACCAUUCAUUAACAUUUUUAUCACACUGUUUGCAAUUCAUUAGCAAAUGAAUCGUAUGAAUGAGACAAUUAUUAAUGCACUUGUACAAACAGUGUUUUUUAAAUUCAAUAUGCAAGUAGCGAUUUUCAACUGAACACCGAUUUUGCCUGAAUUUACAUUCAGUAGAGUUCGUCCGGUUAAGUCACUUCGAAAAAACCGAAUACUACUCUAACACAGAGAGAGAAUCGUGAGAGGAUUUGAGGACGAGGAGGAAGAUUAUCUUGUGGUCACGGACUCGCUCGGAGUGAACCGAUCAACGGCAAGAGGCGUGUGGCGCGCUACAUCAGAGAGGGCAGGCUCCAGGAGAGAUCACGAGCAGGUAGAAACAAGGAAGUUGCAAAACGUCUGACCAAAGGUCACCUCAGAGCACCUUAAUAGACAUGCGCGUCGUUAGUUGGUGUCAUUUUAGCGGGAAGAAGCCUGCAUCCAGCUGAUGACAGCUUGAAACGAUCUGAGCUACAUUUGAAGGUUCUGCUAAAUUUGGAUGCCGGAAAAAAAAUAAGAGUGUUAUAACCCUUUUGGUUUGUUAGAUCCUGAGUUAAAAGAGUCUAUCUGUACUCUGACUGUCCACGUUUGAAACACAUAACUGGCGAGUAAUGUGAUACAGGAUAUACAGACAGCUGAAUCGUUCAAAAAAAACUUCAUAAUGUUAGCGGUGAACCAACAUCUCUCUCGCCGUUUUUAAAAGCCGUUUUAGUUUGAUCAACGAACCUUUCCGAGGAAUGGAUCACUGAGUAAUUCCAUCGGAUCUACACUACGUUAUUGACAAGCUUUGAACUGCAAAUAAUGAAGCUUCAAUUAACGUAUUGUCCAGUUCAGGAGGUUGGCUUUCUACAAAUACUUUGCAGUCGAAAGUAUUUUAGGGCCAUAUGGUUGUGUUCUCUAACUGCCUUUAUCAUGAUGAUCACUUAUCACCUAAGUGAAUUCAGAGGAAAGAAUUUCGUCGGAGGCAAGUUUAAUCAUGCGGUAUCGCUACUCAUAAAGAAUUCUUCGUCAAGAAAUACAAGCCUAAUCGGUAAUCCAAGUCUCGAUAUAAAACUAAGAUCGACUAUUGUACAAAAUACUACAAAAGAUGGAACACGUUAUGAUUGUCACCGUUGGUGUCACAAAACAAACACAGUCGGUUCAAAAUAUUUUCUCAGCGGAGUCUUGCUUGUACGAAUUUACUCCAGUGACUUGGCAAAACUUAGCACAAGAGAACUUCUGCAGUGGCUUUAUUACCUAAAAUACGCUGGUUUUGAACAUGUUUACGUGUACGAUGCCUAUGUUUAUAAGAAUGAAUCACAAAAGAACGCGCUAGAAUUCCUCGUAAAGGAAGGCUUCGUCACAUAUGUAGAUUGGAGUCACAAAGCGUUUCCCUACUCAAUAACUGGGACUCAAGAAAGCGCCUAUCAACAUUGCGUAAAAACGUGGGGCAAGAAAUCAAAUUGGCAAGCAAGCAUCGAUAUAGACGAGUACCCUUUCUGUCCGGAAGACACCAAACCCAAUUUCAUACAACGUUUCAUAGCUAAUUUCUCCAGAGAACAACCCAGUGUUUCUCAGAUAACGAUGAGAAAUUUCUUGUUUCUUGGUAAACCAUUUAGCGAUAAGGAACGCCCGUUACUUAUCGACCGCCUCAAGCGGAGAACACACGCACCGGCUAACGAUUUGGUUAAACCUAUCUACAAGACUUCGCAUAUAAAACGUUCUCACGUCCAUCACCACGACUUAGCGCAUGGCUUUUCAGAGGACGCAGAUGAAAGUAAGAUAAGACUUAACCAUUACUGGGGUGCUAGACUUCAAAAUUGGGGAGAUGACACGCCAGAAAUUUUGUCAAAAACCAUGGAAGAUAACACGGUAGAUGAAAUUGUAAGAGAACUGCAAAGAUGUGAUCAUGUUUGCCUACCGGACGAAUCCUUAAUUCAUACAGUUCGCUGGAAUUGAGCUAUUCUCAAUCUGUAUAAAAAUUGCGCUUCUGUAACGCGUCUUUUUAACUGAUUUGUUAUGUUUUUGCUUGUUUAAAAUUUUCUCGACCACUUUGUAUUUAUUUUCUUUUAGUUUUAGACUAUGAUGAUAACGAUUACAAGACAACGUACGAAAUAGAAAAAUCAACUAGGUUUGAGUCAAAGGAAAAUUGAACCACAACAUAUCACAUUUAAUCGAUGCUAUUAAAAUUUAAAAUGUCGUUCAUUGUCCUCAUUGUGUACAUUCUGUUGUUUUUAGCCGGACAACAUUCAGGCAGGGAAAAAAUGCUUUCACCUGUGUUAAGAGAUAGAGCUACAUAGAUAAGAGCUUUAUGAAAUAAUUAUUUGAUGAAUCGGUGUUUCAUUAAUAUAGAAGCUCUGUGUGUCGCCAUCUAAAAGAUAACAAUGAAAAAGGAAUGAAACAAAGACGUCAUUUUACUAAUUGAUAAUAACUUGAGAGUUUCUCCACAGCUUCAACGAGUUGGAUUCUUUUGUUUGUUUUGAAUUGAUUCAAAAUCUCUCUAAAGAAACAGCUGUUAUCAUCAUGUUUGUAAAAGUUGAAUAAAUAA